AUGCCCAUAAAACAUAAUGUUUUGCGCAACUGUUCAUUCAAAAAUCUUGGCAAAUUUAAUUUAAGUGCUCCUAGUUCAGAGAGAAAACAAAAUCAUAUCAUUGAAGCCGACUCAGAUAAAUCUUUCAAUGCUGAAAAUGUCAAAACCCAAACCAAAUCAUCUCAGUACUUGAAGACAUUGAAUUCUACACUGGCUGAAAAGCAACACUUGAAUGCCUCUUACAAGAGAUUUACCAAUACGAUCAAUUCAAAAGCUGAGGAGAAUAGUGUUGUUAAAAUGAAUUGUGAAAAAGUCAACAACAUUAUUGUCCAACCAGAGAUUAAUACAGCACCAGAAAAAGGAUCAUUGGAUACAUCCCUCCUAACUAACGCCUUGAUAUCUUCUCCCUUCCGAAAAAAAUCCCAGACCCUGAGUUCGGUUGACAGGGAUCAGUAUUUCAGGAAGCUCUACGUUGCAAAUUUAAAAAAUAGCGGCAUCAAUAUUAGAAACUCCCCCAAGAGAACAGCCAGUUAUGUGCCUAAUAAAGUCAAUCUUAGAUCCGCUAAUGGUUGUUGGGUUGAAACGAUUGAUGCAGACCUUCAAUUGAGGUUGCAACCCCAAGAGAUUAGAAGACAAGAGGCCAUUCAUGAAUUUUACACUGGAGAGAUAGAUACACUUGCGGAUCUCAACUGUUUGAGAAGCGUUUACUUGGAUUCCCUGAAAUGCUUGGCUCUCAUUAAAAACGAAGAAAUAGAGAUAACUUUCAGAACUCUUCUGCAAAUCUUACCCGUCCACAAAGAAAUGAUCAAACACAUUGAAAGUAUACGAGAUCCUAACACCAAGAUCGUACACUCCAUUGGUGCUAUCUUAUAUAAUUGGGUGUCAACUCUUAACUGUUACAUAGAUUAUUGCGGAAACUUGGGGAAUUUGAGAAAUCUUCUGGAAAAAAAAUUCAAACAAGAGGUAAAAGUACGGGAUUUCUUGGAACGUUGUCAAAAUUCGCCAUUUAGCCGUAGACUUGACAUUUGGUCCUUUAUAGAUUUACCCAGGACUCGCUUGGUCAAAUAUCCGCUAUUAUUCAAACAAAUUUUAAAAUUGACUCCAGAAACCCACGAGGAUUACAAUCUCAUCAAACUUUCUAUUAAAGAAGUUGAAAAAUUUAUAAGACUCAUCGACCGUAAGAUAGGUUACAACAAAUGCUUGGCCAUUACCCAAAAUUUAGAAUAUACCCACGAUUUCCAAAAGCACACUGAAAUUCGAAAAGCUCAACAACUCAUAUGUUCAGGCAUGCUGAAGAAUCAGAAAGGAAUAAAACUUCAAACCUUUCUCUUCGACAAUAUAUUUCUCAUGACGAGAGCCUCAAGCUUCAACGUUAAAAACUCGGGAAAAUAUAUUGUUUACAAACGGCCAAUACCAUUAGGCGAGCUCUACUUGGUACCCCAUGCCAAUAUCUCCAAUCCCAAUUACGAUCAUCUAAAUUCCAAUUGUAAUAAUAAUAAUAAAAAUUUGUGUUCAACCUUAAAUGCUAAUUUGACGAGCAAUCGCAAUGCCGAAAUUACGGAAGAGUUUGGGGAGAAUAAAGAAGAUGAAAAUGACAAAGCCUCACAAUCAUUCAACAAUGUCAAAAAGUUUGAAUUCAGAGUUCAAUUUAGACAAAGAGACAGUCAUCCCGACACAACAUUUGUUCAAAGUAUAGUAAUCGUGGAUGAACAUUGUCUGUAUUGCAAAGAUGUACACGAUUUGAAAAUGUGGACAGAUUCGAUUAACUCUUGUAUCAAGCUAUUAAAGAAAGAACAAACACCUCUUUAUAAAUAA